UGUUUGUCCGCCGUGGAAGCUUCCAAUUUGGCCCGACUUGCGCGGGAGGUCGUCAAAGAGAACGGGUUUGAGGGGGUCGUUGAGGUGGUUGAGAGUAAGGUGGAGGAUUUUCAGCUGCCGGAAGGUGAGGGGAAGGUGGACAUUAUCGUUUCGGAGUGGAUGGGAUUCUUUCUGCUGCACGAGGGCAUGCUGGAUUCGGUGAUUUACGCGCGGGACAAGUUUUUGAAGCCGAGUGGGUUGAUGUUUCCGGAUACGGCCACGAUUUAUGUGGCUCCGUGCAGCGUGCCGGGCAGGUUCGACGAGUUUGAGAGCUUGUCGGGGGUGAGUUUGCGGUGCUUUGGGCGGGAGUUGCGCAAGCAAAAGUCGGACAAGCCGGAAAUAUUGAACGUGGAGGGGGAUCAGCUGCUUCACGAGGGUCACAUCAUGGCGUGGUUGGAUCUGAAGGAGGUCAGCACGGACGAUUUGAACGAGUUCGACAUGAAGGAGGUGCUGAUCAUCCAGAAGGCGGGCAAGUUCCAGGGCGUUUGCAUUUGGUUCGACUGCAGCUUUCCCAGCGGGAACGCGAGCGAACCGACGAAGGAGGUGGUCCUGAGCACGAAUCCCAACAGUCCGGCGACGCACUGGAAGCAGAGCGUGAUUUUGCUGCCGGAGGAUGCGUGCGAGACGGUGGACAAGCUGGACCCGAUUGCGUUCAGUUUGAGCUUGGCGCGCAAUGCGGAAAAUCGGCGAAGAUACAACCUGCAGCUGACGCUGCUGGACGCGGAAAAGGAAGAGCACAGCUUACCGUGCGAGUGCGUAAUGACCAAGUGUAUCCUUAUGAAGGCCCACCUGCAGUCGAUGGAGGUUGAUCAAUAAAGAGAGCGAGUGUUUUAAGACGAA